AUGGCAUCUUCGCCGGCCGAUGAUAGCGGAGGCGGAACCGAAGCUGUCCUAACCCGUCACUCGCGGGUCCGGUCCGUUCCCUUUCAAAUCGCUGUCGCAUGCGGAGUCUCGUUCACUGCGCCCGGUAUGUGGGAUGCACUGGGAGGGCUGGGUGCUGGAGGUGCGGCCAAGCCGUAUGCCGUCUCUGCUGCAAACGCUCUUGUGUACGGCUUGUUCGCCAUUGUCUGUGUUGCCGCUGGUGCUAUAAACAACAGGUUAGGUCUGCCAUACGGGCUGGCUCUUGGUGCCAUCGGCUAUCCCAUAUACGGUGCAGGGCUAUACACCAACAACAUCAAUGCUACGACGUGGUUCAUGUUCUUCGGCAGUGCGCUGUGCGGAAUCUCGGCUGGUUUCUUCUGGGCUGCCGAGGCGGCCAUCAUCAUUGGGUAUCCCAGCCCUAAGGACAGAGCCUUCUACCUGGCCAUAUGGCAGACGGCCAAAGCAGCCGGUCCCAUUGUCGGAGGCGCCAUCAAUCUCGGCUUGAACGCCAACAGAUCAAGCUCCGGUUCCGUCGGAUCUGCAACCUACAUCGUCUUCAUCAUCAUCAUGUGCUUCGGCCUGCCCAUCGCGCUUUGUCUCAGUCCAGCACACAAGGUCUGGCGAAAAGAUGGUUCCAGAGUCACCAUCCAUCACCUGCCGUCGUGGGGUGCUGAAUUCAAAGCCGUCUUGCAUAUGUUGGUCUCCCGCCGCAUUCUCCUCCUGCUCCCUGCCUUUUUCAUCAGCUACUUCUAUAACGGUUUUGUGAGCACCUUCUUGACCAGCUACUUCACUGUACGAGCUCGAGCCUUCUCCUCCUUCUUUACCAACUUUGCCGGCAUUUUCAGCUCCUUCACCGUUGCGUUUCUGCUCGACCGCCAGUCCAUUUACGUCAAAACUCGAGCCAAGAUGGCAUUCUCGGCCAUCGUUUUGGUACUUAUUGGGACUUGGACCUGGGCGACGAUUCUCCAGAAGCAAUUCUACGAUGCCGAGACGGCGCCUAUCUUUGACUGGUUUCGGGGCGGGUUCGGCAAAGCUUACGCACUGGUUUUCUUCUGGACAUUUGCCGGCCAAGCUUUCCAGCAGUUCUUAUACUGGCUCGUAGGGCAAUAUGCCACCGAUCUUUCAUCUUUGUUGCGCCACACUGGUAUUCUGCGCGGCUUCGAGGCUCUAGGCCAAACCGUUGCAUGGGCCAUGCAAUCUGAGGGCAAUGCGAAUCACUUUGUCAGCAUUGGUAUCAACUUUGGCAUCACCAUCCUCGCCAUCGCCCCCACCUGGAUUGUCCUGUCGGAACUAGAGCACAGCCACGAAACUCAAGCCGAGACGACAGACGAGCCCAACAACCAGCAGAAGGCGCCACACGCAACGGCAGCAAGUAGAAGCGAAUGA